AUGGCCUCCCCGCACGGCGGCGAGGACCCGGCUCUGCGGGAGCGAGUGGCAGCGCUGGAGGUGGACCUGGGCGCCUGCCGCGAGCAGUUAGAGCGGACACAACGCCGGUUGCGCUUCACCGAGCGCCUCUACCGCGAGGCGCGGGAGCGCAACGAGGCGCUGAGGAGACAGGUUGAAGAUCUUACUAAGGAAAUUGAUAACAGAAAGGAGAAAAAUACAUCUAGCAUAGCAGUACAAACAGAGGAGUAUGCUGCGUGGUCACAAGCAGAUUAUUACUAUUACGAAAAUUAUGAUCACACUGAUACUCAGGAUUGUGCAUCUGAACUGCCAGUGCAGUACAAUCAUGAGGCUGAAGGCACUGAGCAUAACAGCACAGAGGACUUGCGGACAGAUAUUGAUACUUCUUCAAGGAUGGAUAGCAUCAAAGUUACUGAUGGUGGAGAAGAGGAAAAUUUCAUCCAGACAUCACAGGAAACAGAAGAUACUUCAGUGCCAGAGGGUUCUUUAGCAGAGAGCUUGAGAGCUGCUGCAGAGGCUGCUGUUUCACAAACCGGAUUUACUUAUGAUGAAAGUACAGGAUUGUACUAUGACCAUAGCACUGGAUUCUACUAUAAUUCGGAAAAUCAACUGUAUUAUGAUCCAGCAACUGGAAUUUAUUACUACUGUGAUGUGGAAAGUGGCCGAUACCAGUUUCAUUCACGAGUGGAUCUGCAGUCUUAUCAGACCUCUGAUACUCAGCACAUCAAGGAUAAAAAAGGGAAAAAGAAGAGAAAAGAACCGGAGCGAAUUACUGCAAAUGAAUAUAAGGAUUUGGACACAGAAGAGCAGAAAUCAUCUAACAGUCUGAAUUGCUUUUUCACUACUGAGCAAGUAAGUUCUACUGAAGAAGAAGAGUCUCCAAAUACAAGGAAGAGGACUAAAGUGGACACAAGCCCACAAAACCGUCUAGCAGCCAAAGAAUCAAUUCGUACAGACAGUAUAAAUUCACAUUCAUGCAAAAGUACACAAGAUAUUGCAGCAUAUACAGAUGACAGUAGAACAGCAGAUACAGAGAGUGAGCCAGAAGAAGGUGAAAUUACAGAUUCAGAGUGUGAAGCCUACAGCAGUGAGGAUGAAGUAACAAGUGAAGAAACUGCUGAUUCAGAAGAUUCAGAAAAUGGAGAUGAAGAAAAGAUCUGGCCUCCUUGUAUCAGAGUAAUUGUAGUAAGAUCACCAGUUCUACAGACUGGAUCACUUUACAUUAUCACAGCUGUGAAACCUGCUACAAUUGGAAGAGAAAAAGAUGUUGGACAUACGCUUCAGAUUCCUGAAGUUGGAGUCAGUAAGUUCCAUGCAGAAGUGUAUUUUGACCAUGAUUUGCAAAAUUAUGUUCUCGUGGAUCAAGGCAGUCAGAAUGGAACAGUUGUUAAUGGAAAUCAGAUUCUCCAGCCUAAAACAAAAUGUGAUCCCUGUAUCUUGGAGCAUGGAGAUGAAGUGAAGAUUGGUGAAACUGUGCUUUCAUUUCACAUACAUCCGGGCAGUGAUACUUGUGAUGGAUGUGAACCAGGACAAGUCAGAGCGCAUCUUCGCCUGGACAGGAAAAAGGAGUCUUCUGUUGGUCCAGCACUUAGCAAAGAAGAGAGAGAGUUAGUCAGAAGAAAAGCAUUAAAACAAAUACGGGUAAAAUAUGGUUUACAGAACACAGAGUAUGAAGACAACAAAGCAGUAAAGAAUCCGAAGUACAAAGACAGAGCAGGAAAACGGAGAGAGACAAUUGGAAGUGAAGGAACCUUCCAGAGAGAUGAUAGUCCAGCUUCUGUUCACAUUGAAAUCAGCAACAGCAACAAAGGACAUAAAAUGUUGGAAAAGAUGGGAUGGAAGAAAGGUGAAGGCUUGGGCAAGGAUGGUGGUGGAAUGAAAGAUCCGAUCCAUCUUCAGAUACACAAGAUGCAUGCAGGUUUGGGUACCAGUAAACCAGCCUCCAUUGAAGAUGUUCAGAUCAUCCAGAGCAAGAACAAAAAGAACUGGGAUAAAGCAAGAGAAAGGUUUGCUGAAAACUUCCAAGAACCUAAAUCACAAAAGGAUACACCCAACAUUAUGCCUUGGGUUAGAGGGACUGUAAAGUGAAGUAUCUCGUCCUACAGCAGGGUACUUCAUGUGUGUAAAUAUUUGGGAGAGAAUUUAUUUUUAUUCUUUUUUUCUUUUGCUAAAGCAGAAGUUUAGUGAUAUGUAAAAUAGUUGUUGAGAAAAUUAUAAAGAUUAACUAUCAUGUUAUUUGGGUUUCUGUAGUCUUCAUGCUUUUAUAAAACUACAUUUUUAAUAAUGGAGUUUAGAGGGAUAUUCAAAUCUAAGUACUUGAAAGGGAUUCUUACCCUAACCAGGAAGCUUCUUCAGAUCUGUUUUUAUACAGUUCUUCAUGGAAAGUAAAACAUCUGUUGAAUUUAAAUACAGCGCCUUUGACAUUUGGACAGUAGUUUAAAAGCAAGGUAAAACAAACUAAGGACAAAAAAAAUUCCCCUGAGCCCUAAUAAUAGUAUUAUAUUGCCAUUUCAUCUUUUAUGUUCGUUUGCCGUGAAAAAUGCUCAGCAAGAGGUACACCAUUCUUAAAUUCAUAUGAUUCAGUUACAUGUCUACUAGUUACAUGUCUCAGCUUACAUUAAGGGGGGAAAAAAACCUUGUUUUAAACGAUUCAUCAGUAUAGUUCAAAAGUACUGUACUUCAUGAAAUGAACUGCCACCAUUGGUGAAGAAAACAGUGUUCAGAGAGAGCUUAUAGCAAAAUUUUCUUCUGUGAAGAACCUGAGAUUUGUUUAGUAACUAAUCUGUAUCACACCUUUAAAAGAGGAGGUAUGUUUAGAAAACCUGUGUCUGUGUGUAUUAUUUAUCAUCUUGUUCUGAUACAUCCAUUGCUGGCAAUGGAGUUUAUGCCAGAAAAAAGUUCCAACCUACCAACUGCUUUUUGGUAGGGGUGGAUUACCAAACUAAUUCUAAAAGCUUGGUAUUUAUUGAA